AUGGUGAGUUGGCACCUUCCUCUGGCGAAUGGUAGCAGCAGUAAAUCUGGAUCUGGUUCAGGAGCCGCAGCUAGAGGAAGUGGUGGCGGUAUUCGCCAAAGAAGGUCAACUGCAGCGCCGGCAAGACGCCCCCUCGCCACCACUACACCAAAGAGUCCAGUCUUUCUGUUUUAUUCAGAGGACUCUCCUGGCAUCAAGAUCGGCCCAGUUCCCGUUUUGGUAAUGUGCCUCUGCUUCAUUGUGUCGGUUUUUCUGCUCCACUUCUGGGGGAAGUAUACCCGCAGCACCUAG